GGCUGGCGCGGGCAGCCGCAGCAGCUCACGGUCGCCAGUCGCCUCCAGAGUUUCCGCAGCCAACCAACCACUGAGUGGAACUUGCGGGAGCAGAGUAUAGCCCGGGGCUUGAAGCGAGCAGAACCAGCCUGAGCCAGCCCAGCCCGGAGAUGGAGCGCCCACAGCCAGACAGCAUGCCCCAGGAUUUGUCUGAGGCCUUGAAGGAGGCCACAAAGGAGGUGCAUGUCCAAGCAGAGAAUGCCGAGUUCAUGCGGAACUUUCAGAAGGGUCAGGUGACCAGGGAAGGCUUUAAGCUGGUGAUGGCCUCCUUGUACCAUAUCUAUGUGGCCCUGGAAGAGGAGAUAGAACGCAACAAGCAGAACCCUGUCUAUGCGCCACUCUACUUUCCUGAGGAGCUGCACCGGCGGGCUGCUCUGGAGCAGGACAUGGCCUUCUGGUAUGGGCCCCACUGGCAGGAGAUCAUCCCUUACACGCCGGCCACACAACACUAUGUAAGGCGCCUCCAGGAGGUGGGCCGCACUCAUCCUGAGCUGCUGGUGGCCCACGCAUACACCCGCUAUCUGGGUGACCUCUCAGGGGGUCAGGUCCUGAAGAAGAUUGCACAGAAGUCCCUGGACCUGCCUAGCUCUGGUGAGGGCCUGGCCUUUUUCACCUUCCCCAACAUCGACAGCCCCACCAAGUUUAAACAGCUCUACCGUGCUCGCAUGAACACUCUGGAGAUGACACCUGAGGUCAGGCACAAGGUGAUAGAAGAGGCUAAGAGCGCAUUCCUGCUCAACAUUGAGCUGUUUGAGGAGCUGCAGGGGCUGCUGACACAGGACCACAAGGAUCAGGGCUCCUCACAGAUGAAGCGGCUUCGCCGGCGGCCUGGUGGCCUGGUGCAAGGCACUACCCCUGCAGAGACACCCAACGGGAAACCCCAGACCAGCACUAGCACCUCCCAGUCACCGUUCCUCCGAUGGGUCCUCACUCUCAGCUUUCUGGUGGCAACGGUGGCAGUGGGAAUUUAUGCCAUGUAAAUGCAAAUGGGCUGGCCCCCAGGCCUGUGAACUCUGUCCAAUGUAGCCUUCUCUCUCUGUAGGGGAGAAUCUUGCCUGGCUCUCUUCUCUUGGGCCUCUAAGAAGUUUUUGGUGCUCCUAGUCCACUCCUGUGUCCUCCUCUUCUCUCUCUGGAAUGGAGAGGGAGAUGCCUGACACAUUUUUCCCUCACCCAAACCACAUCCAGCCAGUAUCCUGAACUUUGAAACCAGCAGUUCCCGAUUCCUGCAGCAGAGCUCAAAAGCUGUGGCCUGCAGAGGCAGCUGUUCUGAGCCCAGUGCCCUCGGUUGUCUGUGUCCAUGUUGACUGACCAUGACUGCUUCCCCCGUGUCUCGGCCACUUUGAUAUCAGUGUGCAGAUUUUCUGUCUUGUGUUUCUGUCUUGUUUUUGUUAUUUCCCCAGUUCUGCCUGAAUGGUGGUAUCUCGUUGUGUUGUUUUUUUCUAACAAAGUUGGGCUGUC